AAAUUAACAAAAUUGGACACCAUUUAUUUCGCUUAGUGUAUAAGAAACUUGUGUAUUUCUCUAAUGUGUAAAUACAAAUGAAGCAAAUUCAAAUAAAAGACCAAAAUUAUAAAUUUUUGGUUGUAUUAUUAGAGCUAAAACAAUGUCUGGAGUAUAAUAAAUGAACUGAUAAUUUUAAAAAUGAUUUAAUUAUACUCUAAAUGAAAGAAAACAUUUAUUUCAUCCAAUUUUCAUUAACGAUGAUACAUCUUAUAAUUAUUAGUAUUAUAUUAUCAAUUUUUUCUCAUGCAAAUGGUCACAAUAUCACUGUAGAUAUAAAUGGGUAUAUUACUUACUGUCCCUGUAUGGGACGUUUUGGAAAUCAAGCUGAUCAUUUUCUUGGUUCUUUAGGUUUUGCAAAAGCAUUUAAUCGCACAUUAGUUGUACCACCAUGGAUUGAAUACCGUACCGGAGAAGUAGGAUCGAUAGCAGUUCCAUAUACAACGUAUUUCAAUUUCACACACUUAGAAAAAUGUCACAAAGUUAUUCCUAUGGAGAAAUUUAUGAAAGACUUAGCUCCAAUCAUAUGGCCUCCUUCUGAUCGCAUUUCUUUUUGUUACUCUGCUCGAGGCAAUACUGAUUCUUGUAAUGCUAAGGAUGGCAAUCCAUUUGGUCCUUUUUGGGAUCGAUUUAAUGUAGAUUUUGUUGGAUCUGAAUUUUAUGGACCAUUCCAUUAUGAUGUUUAUCAUACAAAUAUUAUAAGUCAAUGGAAACAAAAGUAUCCUGCUAUAUCAUGGCCAGUAUUAGCAUUUACUGGUGCACCUGCUAGUUUUCCAGUUCAGCUAGAAAAUAAAGAAUUUCAAAAAUGUGUUGUUUGGAAUGACGAAAUGCAAAAUAGAGCUAAAAAAUUUGUUAAAGAGUCAUUACCGCCAGGAGCUUUUAUAGGCAUUCAUCUACGAAAUGGAAUUGAUUGGGUGAGAGCUUGUGAAUUUAUUUCAAACUCUCCUAAUUUAUUUGCUGCUCCUCAAUGCUUAGGAUAUAGAAAUGAACGAGGUAAAGCAACCGAAGGAAUGUGUUUACCAUCUUUUGAAUUAAUUCUUCGUCAUCUUAAACGAGUAAUUCGAAAUAGAAAAGACAUUAAAUCCGUUUUUGUAUCUUCUGAUAAUAAUUAUAUGAUUGAAGAUUUAACAAAAGCAUUGUCAAGAAUGAGUGUUACGGUUCAUCGACAACCAGAUCCUGUAUCACCUCAUUUAGAUUUAGCUAUUUUAGGUAGAUCAAAUUAUUUUAUUGGAAAUUGUAUAUCUUCCUUCAGUGCAUUUGUUGCUAGAGAAAGAGAAGUCAAAGGCUAUCCUACUUUCUUUUGGGGAUUUCCUCCUGAACGUUCUUCAACAACUAUUCAUCAAGAAUUAUAAUAUAUAUUUCAAAAAAUCAUGAAACAUUUUCACAAUUCAUCGAAAAAAAAUCUUUUUCAUUUAAAACUUGUGAUAUAAUACUAAGAAAUUUUCAUUUACUUUAGUAAAUAAAAA